AUGUCGCCUAGAAACAACUACCUGUUCGCCACCAGUACCUGGUUCAUGGCAUGGGGUAUGCAGUCGGUGGUAUUUGCCUGGCUGGUCACCAUUGUGCUGCGCGAACCGGCCGAAUUGGUUGGCUGGGCGCAAACAGCGUUAUUGCUGCCCGGCAUGCUGUUUAUUCUGCUGGCCGGGGUGAUAGCUGAUCGCGUGGGGCCCGACCGUCAGGCACUUUUUGCACAACUGGCCGGAGCAGUGGUGCCCUGGAUUCUGAUCGCGGCAAUUUACGCAGGUUGGUUGAGUUUCCCUGUCAUGCUGGUUUACGCCGUGCUGAUGGGUCUGGUUCAGGCCUUUGUUACCCCAGCCAGAGACGGUUUGCUGAAUCAUGUGUCGGGCAACAAGGUGCAGCAUACGGUUUUGCUGACCAGCCUGUUCCAAUUCGGUUUCCAGAUUGUCGGCUAUGGGAUCGCUGCGUUUUCGGAUCUUCUUGGUGCUUCUGUGGUGUUGGCAAUGCAGAGCCUGUGUCUGCUGGCUGGCGUUGUGGCCUAUUGGCAAAUACGUCAAUCCGGCAUCGUUGAAACACAGCCCCGCACCACUGACUCUGUCCUGCAGAGUGUUCUCCAGGGUGCCAGAACCGUCGCCGGCUCACCCGUCAUGCGUACAGUGGUGAUACAGAAUGUCGCCAUGGCAAUGUUUUUCAUGGGCUGUUUUAUUGUCUGUUUUCCGCUUGCCGUGCGGGAAGUGUUUAACGGGUCCUCCACCAGUCUUGGGCUGCUCAAUGGCCUGAAUUCAGCAGGUCUUGCGUUGACCAUUCUGGUGAUGUUGAGAAUCGGCUAUGUGAAACGUGCGGGACGUGCUUUGUUGGUGGCCCAGGGGUUGGGGUCCAUGGUGCUGAUUCUCAGUGGUAGCGUCCAAAGUUUUACUGUGUUUAUUGUUCUGGUUUUCUGUUGGGGUUUAUGUGGUGGUGCUGCGAUGCCGAUGUCUCGAACCAUGAUGCAGGAGUUAGCGCCGCCGUCGCAGCGUGCCCGUGUUAUGAGUUUCUAUGCCUUUUCGUUUAUGGGCGCGGGUCCCAUUGGUACCUUGUUUGCCGGCUAUCUGUCUGAGCUUGUUGGUCCGCAGAUGGCGAUUCAGAUAUCCGGAGCGCUGAUGCUGACCGUUGUGGUACUUGUCGGCCUGACUUCACCAUUGUGGCGCGAAAAUUUUGAGCAAGGGCUGAUGGUGACUUCGGUCAAAGUGCUGACCACACACGCAGACCCGGUGACUGGUGUUCUGCAGGGCGUUGAUGAUGUGCUGGCACGUACGGGCAUUGCCGCGGCUGAUGUGCAGCUAGUACUGCAUGGCACCACGCUUGCGACAAACGCCUUGAUAGAGCGUCGUGGCGCAAAAACCGCAUUGCUGACCACUGCUGGACACCGUGAUGUGCUUGCCAUGGCCUUUGAAAACAGAUUUGAACAGUAUGAUGUGAACAUCGACCGGCCCGCCCCGCUGGUGCCCCGCCACUGGCGGGUAGGAGUUGCCGAGAGAGUGGCUGCUGAUGGUCAGACUCUGCUGGCUUUAGAUGAAAGCGGGCUCAUGUCUGAAGUGCAUGCGCUGGUAGAGCAGGGCGUUGAAUCCUUAGCUGUCGGCUUUCUGCACAGCUAUCGCCAACCUGCCCACGAGCUUCGUGUUGCACAGCUUGUUAAACAGAGUUUUCCGCAACUUUGGGUUUCGUUGUCCUGCGAGGUUUGUCCGGAAAUACGUGAGUACGAACGUAUGUCCACAACCACCGCAAAUGCUUAUGUGAAGCCGCUGAUGGCCGGUUACCUGGAGAGAUUGCGAGCCGUUCUGGUUGAACGUGGUUUCAACUGCAAGGUGCUUUUGAUGACCUCCGGUGGUGGCUUGACGACGCUGGAUGCGGCAACUCGAUUUCCGAUUCGUCUGGUUGAGUCCGGUCCAGCUGGCGGUGCGAUGCUGGCUGCAAGUGUGGCUAAAUCUCAUGAGGAAAGCAGCGUGGUUUCUUUUGAUAUGGGUGGCACCACCGCCAAGCUGUGUUUAAUUGAGAAGGGUGUGCCGCAACAUUCACGCGCUUUUGAAGUCGACCGCAGUUAUCGAUUUAAAAAAGGCAGCGGCCUGCCAGUCAGAAUUCCGGUUGUGGAGAUGGUUGAAAUUGGUGCUGGCGGCGGGUCCAUCGCCAGUCUGGACAGUUUGAAACGGAUUCACGUCGGCCCUCAGAGUGCGGGUUCUGAGCCCGGGCCAAGCUGCUACGGGCGCGGUGGGACGUUGCCGACAGUCACCGAUGCAGAUCUGCUACUGGGUCGUCUGCUGCCGGAAAAUUUUGCUGGUGGCAGAGUGAACCUCUCGGUUGAGGCGGCGACCGAGGCACUUGAGCACCAUAUCGCGCAGCCGCUGUCACUGGAUGUAUUGUCUGCGGCGCUGGGGAUCAGCGAAAUUGUCGAUGAGAACAUGGCUGCUGCUACCCGUGCGCAUGCAGCAGAGUGGGGCAAACGUGUACAAGGCACCUGUCUGGUUGCGUUUGGUGGUGCUGCACCGCUACACGCGGCGCGCCUGGCCCAGAAGUUGAAAAUCCCGCGGGUGCUGAUUCCGCCCGGCGCGGGUGUGGGUAGCGCCAUCGGGUUUCUACUCGCCCCGGUGCGAUAUGAAUUAGUGCGUAGCGCUUACGCGCUGUUGGCAGAGCUCGACCAGGCAGAAGUCACGGGACUGUUUAAACAGAUGCGCGCCGAGGCUGCCGAAGUGCUCGAUGAUGCUGGCGCUACGGGUGAGCGAGAAGAGCGGCGGGAAGGUUAUAUGCGAUAUGUCGGGCAGGGUUACGAGAUUGCCGUAGAUGUCUCAGACCUGCAGGCGCUGUCUGUUGAUGAUAUCCGUAGUCGUUUCGAACGUACUUACGAGCACCUGUAUGGGCGCACUAUUCCGGAUCUGGCCAUAGAAGUGCUCAGCUGGACGUUAUCACUCUCCAGUGAACCGAUGACAAAAACCUUACAGGCGGCAGAUGCCCAGGCCAUGGAGCAGGCGGUGAGUGAUCAGGUUCAGUGGUGGUCAGGUGAUAGCGCGUUUACCGCAAAGGUCUUGCCGCGUGCAGAGCUGCAGGUGGGUCAGAGCUAUGCCGGUCCGCUUGUGAUCGCUGAGACUCAGACGACCACAAUUGUGCCAGCGAGCGCCCGGGUUUCUGUCUGCGCAGAUGCUUCCCUGUGUAUAGAACUUGCCGUGCAGGAGGAACAGGCGCAGGUGUUAAUGCGUACCGCGUUCAGCACUGUUGUCCGUGAAGCGGGUGAUCUGUCCGCCGGUGUGUUCAACCCUGCUGGUGACAUGCUUGCACAAGCGGUGACGGGCACACCCGGGCAUGUUAAUUCGAUGGCGGCAGCAGUGGCUAAAUUUCUUGACAAAUUUCCUCUGGCCACCCUGCAACCGGGCGAUGUGCUGCUGACGAAUGAUCCCUGGGACGGUACCGGACACCUGAAUGACUUCACCGUGGUGACGCCGGUUUUUUCCGCACAGGGGUGUGUUGCUUUGUUUGCCUCGACCAGCCACAUCGCAGAUGUUGGCGGGCGCGGUUUUGGGCCUGACGCAAAUGAUGUUUUUGAAGAAGGUCUGCGUAUUCCUAUUUCGCAUCUUUUUCGCGCCGGUAUACGCAACGACGUGCUCAUGGACAUACUGCUGGCUAACGUUCGCGAUCCGCUGGUGGCGCAGGGUGAUCUGUAUUCCUUGACCGCGUGCAACGAUGCUGGUGCAGCGGCGCUGCUGGAUAUGAUGCAGGACUUGUCUUUGCCUGAUUUGGAUGAGUUGGGGGCUACCAUCAUCCAGCGUUCAGAUGACGCCAUGCGGGAGCAGAUUGCACGCUUGCCUCAGGGACGUUAUGCCUAUGCCAUGACCGUAGACGGCUACGACGAACCGGUUGAGAUCAAAGCCGAGAUGCAUAUUGACGGCAGACAGAUCACAGUGGAUUUUGCAGGUUCUUCCGGGGCCAGCCCUCGAGGGAUAAAUGUGCCCUUAGCCUACACCCAGGCUUAUGCUUCUUUUGGUGUUCGUUGCCUGGUGGGAAAUGAGAUACCUAAUAAUGCAGGAUCACUUGCGGCGAUACAUGUGCGAGCACCACAAGACACCUUGCUGAACGCACGCUCGCCCAGAGCGGUAUCUGCCCGCCACAGUAUUGGCCAGAUGUUGCCUGAUGUGGUGUUGGGGUGUCUUGCUCAGGUGUUACCGGAAUCCGUGCCAGCUGAGGGUGCUUCGUGUAUCUGGAAUCCAGUCUUCAUGCAUGCAUUAGGUGCUGCUGAUGAUCAGCAGUUUGUGAUCAACCCGAUCUUCAAUGGGGGUACCGGAGCGCGUCCACACAAAGAUGGCUUGUCCACUACAGCGUUUCCCUCUGGCGUACGGACUACCUCGACUGAAGUUAAUGAAGUGACCUCACCUUUACUGUUCUGGUGUAAAGAGUACACGCCCGGUUCGGGCGGAGAAGGCCGGUUCCGGGGUGGUCUGGGACAGACGAUCCGGGUCAGUCAUAGAUAUGCACAGCCGUUCGUGAUCUCCAAGAUGUUUGAUCGUAUUGUGCAUCCAGCGCGUGGUCGCGCACGCGGUUUGGAUGGUGGGCCAGGGGCGGUGACCGUCGAGCAUGCGGAUGGCACCUCACAGUCUCUGGCGGGAAAAGGCCGCGAGCAGGUGCCAGCACAGGCUACCCUGGUGCUGAAAACACCGGGUGGAGGUGGAUUCGGUCCAGUGGAAAAGCGCACGCGGCAAGCAGAGCAGGCGGAUCAACAGGCUGGGCUUGUGAACAAAGCUGACAACCGCUGA